CCUCUUCCUCGUCCCCUCUCCGCGUCCGCCUCCGCCCCCGCGGGAUGGGGGAGGGAGGGGGCGUGGGCAGUCUGUACUGCACGGCGACGGAGGGGGCGGGAGGAGACAAGAAGCAAAACGACGAAGAGUGAGAGAGAGAGGCCCAGGGGAAGGUGGUCGACAGGCCCACGGGGCCGGCGCCUCGAAAGAAAACGAGGCGCUGGUCGUCUGGCUGCAGUCCUCUCCCCCCAAGCAAGAGCAGCGAAGGGAGGGGCCAGCGGCCUCUCUGCGCUGGCACGGGUGGAUCUCCGGAGAGCACUAACUAGGCAGGCCAGCAUACGGUGCAGAGGCCCGCGACGCAGGACUCUCCGCCACCGUGCAUGGCACGUCGAGGCGUGGCAAGAUGCGAAGGACUACCUGGUAGGGUUCCCGCGUUGUUUCUACCGCCUCCCUUGCCUCUCGAACAGCCGCCACCCAGAAUGCUGGGUUGGCAUGGCGGCGGAACUUGCCACACGCAGCACGGAACACCGGGCACAAACAAACGUCGGCUGCUGGCACACCCGCACGAGCGGGCUCGGACACUUGCCACGAGCGGGCACGGAUUGGGGAGGAUGUUCACAGCGCUUCGUCUACUUCGACACGAGCAGGGCCUCGCGCCAUACUCACGAACGCACGGGUUCAGCCGCAGAAGGAGGGGGAGGGCCGACGCGGAGGGUGCAGGGUGAGUCCCCGCCGCAGAGAGCUCGCGGCGCGCGGGACAUCCUGGCCCAGCGCAGUGUGGCGGCCCGCAGGCAGCCCGCUCGGGCACCGACGGGAGGGAGAGGAAGAGAGAGGAGGAAUGAUGAGGAGAGAAAACGCAGGAGGAAGAGGAGGAGGAGGAGGAGGAGGAGGGGGAGGAGAGAGGAGAGGGGAGAGAGGAGAGAGGUGAGUCUCCGCCGCGCGUCCACGCGGAGGGUGCAGGGUGAGUCCCCGCCGCGAGCGAGCUCGCGGCGCGCGGGACAUCCUGGCCCAGCGCAGUGUGGCGGCCCGCAGGCAGCCCGCUCGGGCAUCGACGGAGGGAGGAGGGAAGAGGAGGAGAGAAGGGAGGAGAGAGGCGGUGCAGGAAGAGAGAGGAGGAACGAGGAAGGAAAAAAAGCAUGCGAGGCGAGUCUCCGCCGCGUGUCGACGCGGAGAGUGCAGGGUGAGUCCCCGCCGCAGGCUAGCUCGCGGCCAAAGGGAAAUCCUGCGCCCCGCGCAGUGCAGCGGCCCGCAGGCAGCCCGCUCGGGCAUCGACGGAAGGAGGAGGAAGAGAAAGAGGCGGUAGGAGGAGGAGGAGGUGGGAGUGGGAACCUGGCAAGAGCACGACGACAAAGCCACACGGACAUGUCUGACCUCGGAGGCCCGCGCCGAGAAGUGCCUCCCCGGCGUGCGGGGGGGACGGCGGGGCCAGUGCCCCGACCCGAGAAGUCCGCGCGGGCCUCCGAACGUGUCUGUCUGUGCACCUGUUCCGGCUGCACGCACCAGGAGAGGAAGGAGGAGGAGGAGGAGGAGGAGGAGGAGGAGGAGGAGGAGGAGGAGGAGGAGGGGGACGCGCAGGGAUGAAGCUAGGCCGGAAUAGCAGCAGAUCACCCCGCGAAAUGGCUGAGUGCCGCGAGACAUGUCAGAACAUCGUUAAAACGGAUGAUGCUGUGUGCAUGUACACUGCAACCAGCGACGGGUCGGCACGACCACCAAAUGCACUGUAGCUGAGGAUUCCCUGACUGCCCGAGCAAGGGGCGCAGUUCCGCACUACAGCACAUUAUUCUCUCGGCUUCAAACACAAACUGCAUGGAAUCUCGGCUUGGCCUUACCGGCGGUAUCAAAACGUGUGGCGGAUCACGCACAUGCAGAUAUGGUGCGACAUCGAAGAACUGCGCAAAACGACGAGAACCACGACAACGACACGGCGACGACACGACGACGACAGCGAAGGCGGAGUUGUUUGACAGCAACGGCCUUCUGGACCUACCUAGGGAUGACUACUGAGACCCUGUCUGAUGUCACCUGGGGUUCACCAGGCUGGGCCUCCUGCAAAACUUUCCUCAGUCAGAGGGCUCCCCUCUGGAGCCGACACGUGACGGAGGGAGGGAGAAAAGGAAAACUGGGCAACCAACUCGGCGGCAGCGAUGCCGAGGGCAGCAAACAUAUACACACACAAGCGACGAAAGGUCUUACGCGAGAAGACGAAGCGACCUCACGCCGCGGCUUACGCGGGCCGCCAGCGUGGCGCACCGCCUGAAGAAGAGGGCGUUACGCGCGACCUUGCGCGGGAAGCUUACGCGCGAAUGCCCGCGCAAUCAACCCAUUGCCUUCCGUCGCUCACACGCCUGUCAACUACACUAGUGCGAGGCCCACGCCUCUGGCGCUCAGUCCCGCCGACUGGCGCCGUGCUCGGACGAGGGCUGCGCCAACUACCGCCCGCGGCAAUGACCGCUCUGAUCAGGCGUCGCCCGCGAAGGGCAGCUGUGCGGCGCGGAGAUUACCUGGCGAACGCCGAGCAGCGGCCCAUGAUCAGGGGCCCGUGCCGCCGCUUGGAGCGCCCUGCCGUCGUGCUGCCCACCACGGUGCUCUCCAAGUUCCUCAGGUUCGCCUCCAGGCCCUGGAUGUGCGCCACCGACACCACCGCAGUCUUGUUGCGAGCCUUCAUGUCGCUGUACUUAUUGAAGCAGUAGCCGUGGCACGCGAGCAUACACCUGUUCGCCAACUCCUCGCUCACGAAAUUCACGAAGGCAUGAUGCUGAAAAAGAUCAAGGGCUUCCUGACCAAGACGGCAGAGAUUAGCUCCAGGAGCUUGCCCAGCGAUGAACAUCAGCCGGGUUACGUAGGAUUCCACAGGCACCACAGUCGGCCAAGUGAUCCGCACGCUCGUUCAAAAAUUGCCCAGUGUGGCUCUCCACCUUCCUGAAGACAACAUGACGAGCAACUUGAUCAUAGAGAUGGCGAAGCCGCAGAACAAGCUGAAGAUUCGCCCGCCCUCGGAGGUGCCGCUGCGCCACGCCAGCCGCGCACUCCGAGUCAUACUCGAUGACAAACGAUGGUGGAGAAGGUGAUGAUGCAAUGAAAUCAACCACCCAUGACAGAGAGAAAAAUAACGCUGAUAAUUCACCAACAUUGUUAGUAUGACGUUGAGCACCGAUGUAACCCGGUUGGUCGGGAACCAAGACGGAAGGGCCACAGAAAUCCAGUAAGCCGGUCGAAGCCGGCAUGGCCACUGUGAAGCCCCAGCCAGAAGUCGUUGCCUCGUCGGACACCUGCGCGGAGCCGUCGCAGGAGAGCGCGAUGAUGUCCGGCGCCUGGAAUGAACCAGGAGCAGGCUGAGGAGGCAGGUGGAGUCCUCGAGGUGCUCCUCCGCCUCCACCUCCUCCAGGGCCCCGUCCUCCUGCAUGGCGUUUGAUACGACGAAGAGGAGGUAGAGCAGCACGGUAUAUAUCCUCGGUUGGUUGCGCCCGGGGUUGAUCCAGCUCCAGUAGGACUGGUUUGCCCGCGCGGUGGGCCGCC